CUAAGUGGGAUAAUCAUUUUGUACGUCUCUACUACUAUUGAAAGGUUUACUAUCAAGGAUGCCAAUAAAUAAAUUCAACUAUUGAUCGUACGUAUGCCUUGUCGCGUUUGCAUGCUAUUGUUUUUCGGAAACGAAAUCUGCAGUUGGAGAUCACGUUUUAAUUUAUUUUGGAAGUGAUGUGAAACAGAUGAAUAUAAAGAAAGUGAACAUAUAGAGCCUGGGUAAAUUGAUAUCUGCUUACCAAGUUGUCUAGAGCCUCAAGCCAAUAAAAUCCAGAGUGAUAAGAUAUAAAGCUUCUCAACUUGAGUUGUCAACUUCGAUCUAUAAAACCAACAGUCUAAUUUUCAAAAAACAUACCCUAUAAACUUGUUAUUAAAUGGCACAAACUAGAGUUAUGUUUGCAGACUCUCGUCCUUCAAUCUCGUUUGAAAUAAAAACUCUUCACAUAUAUUAAAACAUCUUCAUAAGAUGAGCGUGGCGGGAGUGUGGAUAAAAACCCAUUUAAGAUGCUGAAAAUUGAAUCUGUUCAAUCACUGCCUCACAAAUGGCUGGAAAUUAGUGUACAACUUAUUAAUAUUUAUUUUUUCUAUUUAGUAGUGUCUUAGUUUUAUUUGGAGUUGAAGUGGCAUCAUGACGGAAUUGCUUAAGAUAUUCCUUCUCGUAUUUCUCCCACUCUACUUCACAAACGGCCAAAAAGAUCCGGACGAGUCAAAACCGUACGAGUUCGGCUUCACCAUUGACGGUCAACAACAUCGUCACGAAAAAAAAGACGAGAAAGGCAUUAUUCAAGGUGAAUUUGGAUUCAUUACAGCCGACGGCAUCUACCACGUGACAGUUUAUGCCACAGACGAAAAUGGCAAAUUUAAAAUACUCAGCACAAGAAACUUAAGGAUAAGUGCUCCCCUAGAUGGUUCUCCUUUCAAAGGAGAAAUCUCACCUGAAGCAAACAAGUAUCGUAAGCAAGCGAAUCUACCUCCAUUACCCUCCUCACCUGAUGUAGCACCGAACGCUUUAUCCCUUCCAGCACCUUCACAGUCUUCCCAGCAGGUGCAAGGUGCUACCACACCAAAAGCUUUUCAGAAGUUUACCACUCCGUCUACCAUAAAACCUGCUUGUGCUGGAUGUGGCUAUGUGACCACUCCCAAACCAAAGCCUGGCCAAUCUCCGUUCGAGUUUGAACACUCGAUAUUCCAGAAGCCAAACCAACCUGGACAAGAAUUGGGGCAAAAUAACCAAGUGGGAAGUCAAAUUGAUCCACAACAAAUUUCACCACAACUUAAUGAGGCUUUUGGUGGUUUAUCUGAACAGACUCCUAGAGGACAACCCCAAAAAACCCCUGCUAGUCUUCAUAACAACUUGGCUACAGAUACUCAAUAUCCUACUGGACAAGCUAGUCCUAUCUCGCAGCAAGCAGCUGGAUCAUUAGGACACCAAAGUCAGCAAGGAGGAUCGCCACCUCAAUACCAAGCCACCGCAGGACCACAAACCACGAACUACAACACAUUUGCUGGAGGAAUACCUAUACUACAGUCAUUGCAACCAGGACAAGCAGGAUCUCAACAGCCUGGGAGCUUUGGAGGAGGACCACAGACUUCUGACUACAACACUUUUGGUAGUGGAGUACAAUCUCCUGUCGAACAACCAGGAUCUCAGCAGCUUGCUGGUGAAUUGAAUCAAGCACAACCAGGCCAAGCCGGUUUUCAACAAACUGGAAACUUUGCAGGAGGUCAACAGACGAAUUAUAAUUCUCUUGGUGGUGGUGGUUUGAGUCAAGCACGACCAGUGCAAGGGGGUUUUCAACAACCUGGAAACUUUGCAGGAGAAGCAAACCCAUUACAGCUUCCUGGACAAGGGCCACAAACGCCAGUUUCGGAGUUACCUCCAGUAUCUGUUUCUGGAGGGGUUAUCCAUGUUGGCGGAGAUAAGCAGCAGGAUAUACCUAUUAAAGACAAGUUUCCUGGUAUGUCUGAUGGCUUACCAGAAGAAAUUGAGGAGAAAGACAUCACGAAUCUUUUAUAUAAAUUUCAUUAUUUUGUUGGGUUCCAUGGACACUAUGAGAAAGGGUUGAAGAACGGUGCUAAGAUUGGAGGUUAUUUCGUCAAUGGUAGAGAUGGAAUCAGUCGGGUGGUGACUUACGUUGCUGACGAGAACGGUUACAGACCCAAAGUGAAGUUUAUUAACUUGGGACUCGAUUCUGACGAGACCCCUAAGCCAGAAACCGAGAAGAAGUUCGGACUGAAGAGUUUCGAGUUUGUGUGGUAUCCUUUGUAAAUAUGUUUAGGUUAUAUGUUAUUGUUUUGUUGAUGAAAUAAAUGGUUUUUUAAUUAAA